AUGGGCUCGGGCUGGAGCAGCGAGGAGGAGCGGCAGCCGCUGCUCGGGCCUGGGCCGGGGGCGGCGCGCCGGGCCCGGGAGGCGGCGGCGGCUGCGGCGGUGGUGGGAUCGCCCGCGGUGGGCCCGGGCCCCGGGCGGGUGUACGGCCGCCGCUGGCUGGUGCUGCUGCUGUUCUCGCUGCUCGCCUUCGCGCAGGGCCUCGUGUGGAACACCUGGGGCCCCAUCCAGAACUCGGCGCGCCAGGCCUACGGCUUCUCCAGCUGGGACAUCGCGCUGCUGGUGCUCUGGGGACCCAUCGGCUUUCUGCCCUGCUUCGGUUUCAUGUGGCUCCUGGAUAAGAGAGGUCUUCGGGUAACUGUGCUUCUGACAUCCUUUGUUAUGGUUUUGGGAACCGGGCUAAGGUGCAUACCUUUAUCAGACUUAACGCUUAAAAGAAGAUUAAUCCACGGAGGGCAGAUGUUAAAUGGACUAGCAGGUCCAACCGUCAUGAACGCAGCUCCGUUCCUGUCCACCACGUGGUUUUCUGCGGAUGAACGGGCCACCGCCACAGCGAUUGCGUCGAUGCUCAGCUACCUCGGUGGAGCAUGCGCAUUUCUAGUGGGGCCACUUGUCGUGCCAGCUCCCAACGGGACGUCGCCCCUUCUUGCCGCCGAGAGCAGCAGGGCUCAUAUUAAAGAUCGCAUUGAGACGGUAUUAUAUGCAGAAUUUGGAGUUGUCUGCUUAAUAUUCGCCGCCACACUGGCCUAUUUCCCACCCCGACCCCCUCUUCCGCCCAGCGUCGCUGCCGCGAGCCAGCGACUGAGCUACCGGCGCAGCGUCUGUCGGUUACUAAGCAAUUUGAGGUUUUUGAUGAUUGCUUUAGCAUAUGCCAUACCACUUGGAGUAUUUGCUGGUUGGUCUGGAGUUCUGGACUUAAUUUUAACACCGGUGCAUGUGAGCCAAGUAGAUGCUGGCUGGAUUGGAUUUUGGUCCAUAGUCGGAGGCUGCGUGGUUGGAAUAGCUAUGGCAAGGUUUGCAGAUUUUAUCCGGGGUAUGCUGAAAUUAAUUCUUCUCCUCCUGUUUUCUGGGGCUACCCUGUCAUCCACAUGGUUUACCCUGACCUGUUUAAACAGUAUCACACACCUGCCUUUGACAACAGUGACUCUGUACGCAUCCUGCAUUCUUCUGGGAGUGUUCUUGAAUAGCAGUGUGCCGAUAUUUUUUGAGCUUUUUGUGGAAACUGUCUACCCAGUACCAGAAGGAAUUACUUGUGGAGUUGUCACUUUUUUAAGUAAUAUGUUCAUGGGAGUGCUUUUAUUUUUUCUCACAUUUUAUCAUACAGAGCUGUCGUGGUUCAACUGGUGCCUUCCCGGGUCGUGCUUGCUGAGCCUCCUCCUCAUUCUGUGCUUCAGGGAAUCCUACGACAGACUCUAUCUCGACGUGGUCGUCUCCGUUUGACAGCACAGACUUGCAGGAGUUUCAGAAGGGACUGGAAGUCAGUCCCGCACAUUUGCUUGGAAUUGCACAUCUAACAGGGGGAAAAAAAAGGAGAAGAAAGUUCAUCCAGAGGUUUUGCUCGUCACAUCAAUUGAAUGACUUCUAGGUAGCAAUGCGGCGCGCAUGUGUGUGGUGGGACUGUAGAGCUUCCCGCGGCACAUCCGUGCUGGACUCCGGGGUGUGAGCGUGACACCCCACUCCGAGAGCUGUGACGAUGCUAAACUACUGAUGAAACUAUAGCAACGGGAAGAAACAAAGGACAUCCGUCCUCGGGAGAGAACUCCUCCCGGGCACACGACAGACCCGGAAGAAAUGCCACUAAUUCCUAAAGAAGUUUGAACCCUGUACCAGAUUUUACUUACAAAAUAGCCAAGAAGUAUAUCAGUGAUAGACAUUAACCACGUGUACACUACAUGUUUUUCUAAUAAAGCCAUUUCUUAUAUGA